AGGCUAGUGUGUUACAAAGUUUCUUCUUUUUUGAAAACACAAAUUUGCUUGCUUUUAUAACUACCAGCAUCAAGAAGAGUUCUGCUCCACUGUAUCAUCUCACUGACAGAUGCCACGGUGGUUUGGUAGAUGAGGUGAACCAGGUGAUUUCAGAACUGGUUCCUGUGCGGGCUGACUGGCUUGCAAGUUUCAGUUCCUGUGCAGUACAAUAAAGCUACUGGCUUUGUCUGAAGAUAGCAAUGAAACCAGCUCAGGAGCGUAAUCAGGAGUGCCUGCCUCCUAAGAAAAGGGAUCUCCCAAUAAGCAACAGCAGCAGUGGAGCUGGAGGGACAGUGGGAGGUGGGGUUCCAUUCGGAGGGGCUAACAGCGGAGCUGGCAGUGCUGCUGGUGGUAUUGCAGAAGAGGAAGUGGUUUCCAUCCAGAAUUGUGGAGCCAGCAGUGAAACUCAGGGAGGGACCCCAUCCGGAGAGUGGCUGCGAGCUCAGCCAGGGCUUCAUUAUGGAGUGGAUAAUUCUGACAGCAUACCGGCAGUGCCCGUUGACCAGUACAGUAUGCUCUACAAAGUGGCCCUUCCAUCUGCUACCUACUCACCUACCAGUUUACACCCAGUGUUAAGCCACAUUUCUCCAGCCUAUACUGUACACUCUCCCCUCCUGCAGCAUCAUCCUGGCAUUCCCUAUCCCCCUCUUGGUUAUGCACAGAUCCCUCAUUCUUCUCUCCAGUUUGUCAGUUCCCCUUAUGCAGCAGUACCUUACGCGCUCCCCCCUGGUUUUGUCCCAGGAUCAUUAAUCUCUCCCUCAGGGACCAUCCCGCAGCCCCAUGCUGUGUCCCACCUUGUUCCCUACCCAUCUGUCAUACAAGAAGGUGUUGUUUCUCCACCUCCUCAGGCCCAGGUGGCUGCUCAUACCUUUGCCAAAGUUGCAGCUUCCAGUGGUGUCCCACUGAUGCUGCCCUCAGAGCAAGCUGCCCAGCAGCACCUUGGUACUGUUGGAGUCCUGCCUGCAACAGAGCUUAGCUCCCGAGGGAUGCCCGUCUUCUGCCACCCUCAGGGAGCAAGGGGUGCCACUGCUGUCAGAGACUGCCACAGUUCCCAGCAGGAGAAUGAAUUGGAGGUGAAUGGAGGGGACAAAGAGCAGGGAGCCAGAGAGGUUGUACCAGACUCGGUCUACACUGCCAGAAAUGCACGUCUACCACAGGUUGCAUCCAGCUCAGCAUCACAGGAGCACAGCCAAGACAAAGUCCUGCAGAACCGAAGACUGGAAGAGAGAAGUUCUCCUGGUCAGCGCAGCACUCCGGACAGUGACCUGGAGGUGCAGCAGGUGGUUGGGCGUUUGGUUUCCUCUAACCAAAGUGGUAUCGGAGCACGGAAAGAGGUCUCCUUUGCUCCCUUGAACCUCUCUCAGGGUGGCCACAGAGCCAGAGAUGUCCACGGAGAGAGUCCAGGCGUAAUUUCCAGCCGAACGGCGUAUGCGGCGCAGAAUGUGAGUUACAGUGAUCACAGAGUCACCGCCCUCCAGCAGCAAGCAGGACAGCCAGGCCACGCUGUUAUGCUUGCCAAUGGGCAACCGGUACUUAUUCCCUUGGAGUGUCAUUCGCAUCAGCAACCACAGCAACACUACCCGGGACAGGCUAAUGAUGCCUCAGCCAGCCAUGCCUCUACCACCAUGGCCUCCCCUAGCCCAAGCUUUAAAGUCUCUGAUUCUUCAGCCAGAGUGUGCCUCUCUGAAAGGGUGGAGCCAAUCACAGCUCAGCAGCAGCCUCUCCCGCAGCCUCCAGUCCAGCCUACAGCAGAUGCGACUCAGGCCUUAACUUCAAGCCUUGCUCCCGCACCGGCUCCUUGCAACCCAUCGCACUUCAUGAAGGGGGCAAUUAUUCAGCUGGCUACUGGGGAGCUGAAGCGUGUGGAGGACCUGCAGACUCAGGAUUUUGUGCGUAGCGCCGAAGUGAGCGGAGGGCUUAAAAUCGACUCCAGCUUGGUGAUGGACAUCCGCGCCAGCCAGCAGAGACCCGGCCUGGUUUCACUUCAUUUUACUGUGGGGGAGCAGCAGAGCAAAGUGACCAUCGACGUGCCCCCGGAGCACCCCUUCUUUGUCUUUGGCCAGGGAUGGUCAUCUUGCAGCCCCGAACGCACGGCCCAGCUCUACGGCUUGGCCUGCCAUCAUCUACAAGUUGGUGACAUGUGUGUGUCCAUCACCCUGCAGCAGCAGCCACCGCUUCCUCCACAACAACAGAAGCAACCACAGCACCAUCAUUCACAAACGCAACAACAACAGAACCUGUCCAGGACUAUAAGCAAAGCCAAUGCUACAUCGGGACCUGGUCACCAGCUAAUGGGGCCUCCAGCCCCUCAGCAGUCACGGCCGCCAUCUCAUUUCAGGUUGGACCGCAUUCACAGAGAAAGACAGAAGGAUGGAGAGAAAGAUUUGGCCGAUAAAGAGGAAGCCACACAGCUCGGGGCUGUAGGCCGCACUGAGUCGCCCAUCAGACCAAGUAGGACCUCAGGAGAGCAUCCAAGGAGCCAGAGCAGUUACCACUUGCACACAGAAGGCUCUGCUUUUGCAGAGGCAGGGAUGGGAGCAAUGCAGGCUGCACUAGGUGCCUCACAGAGACGCUGGUCCUCGCCUGGCCUCCGAAGAUACAGUAUGAAGGGAGACGAAGGGCCACGCCCUCAGAUAAUCAGUUCCAGCCACACAAGGCCUUCUUUCAUCCCACAGGAGGUCAAACUGUCCAUUGAGGGGCGCUCUAAUGCAGGGAAGUAGCAUCACAUUUGGUAGCAACUAUAGAUGAGACUGCCACAAGUAAGAAUGAGUCUGACAAGGAGAGAAAGAGGAAAAAAAGAGUGUGAAUGUAUCCUCAGAAUGUUUGAGAUUUUGCACACUUAAAAUAUACAAAAAAAUGACCAGAUCUUUGUCUGUCUGGUGAGAAGUUUGAUUUUGUUCGAAUGCCACUCAGCCAAAAGAUGCAGACCUUUCGGUCUCCAGCCAGCUGAGUUCAUGGCGGGGGGGAGGGGCAUGAAAAGUGGAGUAGAAAGUAUGUAGCUGAAGAAAUGCCUACCAUAGAGUCCUUAUACGCUGCAUUUCUCUUCCUCCCUCCCUCCUCCGUCUCCACUUCCUCUUAACUAUACUUGGAGGUUUCCAUUGCAUUCAAAACACUCUAGCUUCCUUAUUGACCAGACCGUCUCUUCAGAAGAACACAGACUACAGAAAAAUAAUAUGUGUAUUGCAGUGAAACUACCAACCCUGCAGGCUGUGAUGUAUUAAAAAGAUCACCGCCAGGGAUCUUUAAUCUGCUUCACUGCUAAGAUCCUAUUUCUAUGAA